UUUUCCCGCCAUUCCCAAUAUCUUUAUUUCAGCGCAUUCUGAAACGAAGAAGAAGAAACCGCAAUAGCAGCAAUGGGCGUGGAAAAUCCAGCGGAGGUAGCUAAAUUCAUCAUCAGAAGCAGAAUCGCCGAUCCCUUAUUUGUCUACUCCUAUUUCUCCCAAUUACCCGAUUCCAACUACAGCAAGUUGAAGUAUAUAAUAUCAAGUUCAGUGACCGAGGCAUGUAACAACUCAGUUCUGCUUUUGGGUCCUCGAGGCUGUGGGAAAACUGCGGUGCUGGAGUUGGUUCUUGAAGACCUACUUAAAGAGCAUCCAGACAUGAUUUCUGUGGUUAAGUUGAAUGGACUCCUGCACAGCGAUAACAAUUGCGCAUUGAAGGAGAUAGCUAGGCAAGUGUGUAUGGAGCAUCAGUUGCAGUUCUCUAAAAUGGCCUCAUUUGACGAGAACUCUAAAUUCUUGCUAUCCAUUUUACGGGAGUGUGGGUUAGCACAUAAAACAAUUGUUUUUGUGCUAGAAGAGUUUGAUCUUUUUACAGAGGGAAAACAACGAUUGCUUUAUAGUUUGCUUGAUGCAAUGCAAUCUGUCUCGUCACAAGCGGUUGUAGUUGGAGUGAGUUGCCGACUGGAUGCUGACCAGCUGUUGGAGAAAAGAGUUAGAUCUCGUUUUUCUCACAGGAAGCUGUUGUUUCUUUCUUCCCCUGGAGAAGAUUUUCAAAGACUUGCAGAGCACAUUUUACUAUUACCAAUGGAUUCAAGGCUUCCUAACGAUUUCAGAGCUUCUUUCAACGAAAAACUACUCAACAUUUUAGCUGGUGAAGAAUUCAAAGGGGUCGUCGAUCAAUUAUGUUAUUCUGAUUCAACUGUCAGCCAUCUAUUGAGAUUUUUGUUCUGUGCUGUUUGUCAUAUGGACUUGAGUUCUGGUUCCCUAUCAAUUCAAAAUUUUAAAUCAGCACUUCCAAGCAUACAAAGGCAGCCAAAGCAGGAGGCUCUAAAAGAUUGCUCUGUUUUGCAACUUUAUCUUCUAGUUUGCAUGAAGAGGCUGGAAGUCAAAGAGGUGGAGUUAUGCAACUUCAAUUCUAUAAUGAAAGAGUACAAAAGCAUACCCGACAGCUUCCAAACGUGCGACAAUUUUGCAAGGAAUGUCUGCUUACGGGCCUUUGAGCAUCUUCUGCAACGUGGGCUGGUCUCGUUCCAGGACAACAGAGGGCAGGGACAAUCCACUGAGUUCCGUCCAGUGAAGCUUUUGAUAUCGUGGCAUGAACUGCAGCAGGGGUUGCAAUCCUUCCCCUCUUGCCCGGUACUCCUACAUAAAUUGAUGGCUCGCGAAGGCUAAGCAGGUCAACAGGGACAACUGUCAUUGAAAUCUUCUUCCCAUGUUCUUGUUCCUCCCUUUCUCCUCGUCAUUCUACUUUUCUUGUAAUCUUGUAUGAAACCACUUGAACUAUCAAGACUAGCAACCGUAAAGGAAAGUGUUAAAUUGAGAUGA